CCACUCUAAUUGUGGCGCUGGGCUGGGAUUCCUCACGUGAGACGUUGAUUUGUAGUUUGAACACGUGGCUCAUUCAAAAAGCCGGACACUCGGAGCUGAUUUUUUUUUUUCCGCCUCCUGCGCCUUCCUCCUUCCCCCCCUCCUCCCCUCCCUCCUGCCAGUCACCCUUCGGGUUUUUUUUUUUUUUUUUUUAUGGGGAGGCGGCGCCUGCCCGCACGUAGUGUGAUAUUUUCACAGUCCGCUGGCCGAGCCCAAGGGGUUGGGGAGGAAAGAGACAAAAAGUAGUUUUCCCCCCCACCUCCUCCUCCGCCUCCUUUUUCUCGCUAAUCCCGCCUCCUCGGAGUUAGGACUCGUUGAUGCGUUUGGGUUGUAGUAAGCCUUUUUCUUUUCUUUCCUUUUCUUUUUAAAUACCAAGAAAACGAGAAAAAAAAAAAAAACCAAAACCAAGAGCCCUCGGAACUGGUUUUUUCGCUCCUCUUUCUUGCUUCUUGGUUCUUACUGUGUGUGUGUGUGUGUGUGUGUGUGUGUGUGUGUUUUAACGGCGACAAGACGAGGGAAACAAAACCCGCCGGAUCCAUCCAUCCUUGUGGGUGGUUUUAAUUUUUUUUUUCAUUUUUUCCCCUCUUCCUUUUUUUUUUUUUUUUUUAACCACUCAACAAUGAACAAACUGUAUAUUGGAAACCUCAGUGAGAACGCCGUCUCUUCGGACCUAGAAAGUAUCUUCAAGGACGCCAAGAUCCCGGUGUCGGGACCUUUCCUGGUGAAGACCGGCUACGCCUUCGUGGACUGUCCGGAGGAGAGCUGGGCCCUCAAGGCCAUCGAGGCGUUUUCAGGUAAAGUGGAACUGCACGGGAAACUUAUAGAAGUUGAGCACUCGGUCCCCAAAAGGCAAAGGAUUCGGAAACUUCAGAUACGAAAUAUCCCGCCUCACUUACAGUGGGAGGUGCUGGAUAGUUUACUAGUCCAGUAUGGAGUGGUGGAAAGCUGUGAGCAAGUGAACACUGACUCGGAAACUGCAGUGGUAAAUGUCACCUAUUCCAGUAAGGACCAAGCUAGACAAGCUUUAGACAAACUGAAUGGAUUCCAGCUGGAAAACUUCAUUUUGAAAGUGGCCUACAUCCCUGAUGAAAUGACUACCCAGCCAAACUCCUCACAACAGUCCCGAGGUCGCCGUGGGUUUGCGCAGAGAGGCUCAUCGAGGCAGGGGUCUCCAGGAUCCAUGUCUAAGCAGAAACCCUGUGACUUGCCUCUUCGUUUACUGGUACCCACCCAGUUUGUUGGAGCCAUUAUAGGAAAAGAAGGUGCCACCAUUCGCAAUAUCACCAAGCAGACCCAGUCUAAAAUCGAUGUCCAUCGGAAAGAAAAUGCAGGUGCUGCUGAAAAGUCAAUUACUAUCCUCUCUACCCCUGAAGGUACCUCCGCAGCUUGUAAAUCUAUUCUGGAGAUUAUGCAUAAAGAAGCUCAAGAUAUAAAAUUCACAGAAGAAAUUCCCUUGAAGAUUUUAGCUCAUAAUAACUUUGUAGGCCGUCUUAUUGGUAAGGAAGGAAGGAAUCUUAAAAAAAUUGAACAAGACACAGACACUAAAAUCACAAUAUCUCCAUUGCAGGAAUUGACACUGUAUAAUCCGGAGCGCACCAUAACAGUUAAAGGCAAUGUGGAAACAUGUGCCAAAGCUGAGGAAGAGAUAAUGAAGAAAAUCAGGGAGUCUUAUGAAAAUGAUAUUGCUUCAAUGAACCUUCAAGCACAUUUAAUUCCUGGAUUAAAUCUGAAUGCCUUGGGUCUGUUCCCACCCACUUCAGGGAUGCCACCUCCCACGUCAGGGCCCCCUUCAGCCAUGACUCCUCCCUAUCCACAGUUUGAGCAAUCAGAAACAGAGACUGUCCAUUUGUUUAUACCAGCUCUGUCUGUUGGCGCCAUUAUCGGCAAGCAGGGACAGCACAUCAAGCAACUUUCUCGAUUUGCAGGAGCAUCUAUUAAGAUUGCUCCAGCUGAAGCACCAGAUGCUAAAGUGAGGAUGGUGAUUAUCACAGGGCCUCCAGAGGCUCAGUUCAAGGCUCAGGGAAGAAUUUAUGGAAAAAUUAAAGAAGAAAAUUUUGUUAGUCCUAAAGAAGAGGUGAAACUUGAAGCUCAUAUCAGAGUGCCAUCCUUUGCUGCUGGCAGAGUGAUUGGGAAAGGAGGCAAAACGGUGAAUGAGCUCCAGAAUUUAUCAAGUGCAGAAGUUGUUGUCCCUCGUGACCAGACACCUGAUGAGAAUGACCAAGUGGUUGUCAAAAUUACUGGUCACUUCUAUGCUUGCCAGGUUGCCCAGAGAAAAAUUCAGGAAAUACUGACUCAGGUAAAGCAGCAUCAACAGCAGAAAGCUCUGCAAAGUGGACCACCUCAGUCAAGACGGAAGUAAAGGCUCAGGAAACAGCCCACCACAGAGGCAGAUGCCAAACCAAAGACAGAUUGCUUAACCAACAGAUGGGUGCUGAACCUCUAUCCAGAUUCACAUGCACAAGUUUUUACCUAGCCAGUUGUUUCUGAGGACCAGGCAACUUUUGAACUCCUGUCUCUGUGAGAAUGUAUACUUUAUGCUCUCUGAAAUGUAUGACACCCAGCUUUAAAAAAAGGGGGGAUAAAGCUCUGCACUUCCCUUUUGCUGUAUUCUCAUAUAAUAUUCUAAUUUUCCAUAACGUUCACUCACAAUGCCAGAAAUUGGCUUAAUGAUGCAUUCACUAAAUUCAUCAAAUAAAAAGAUUGUUCCCAAGUCCAAUUAGUAAAAUUAGAUCAGAAUAGAAUUAUUACAGAAUUUAAAUUUAAGCUAUUAUAGAAAAACCUCUUUCAAUUUUACUUUUAUCUAACACUAACAUGAAUAAGGGAAGUGCUAAAUGGUGUUGGCAGGGGUAUUAAAUGUGCAUCUUACUCAACUACCUCAGGUAUUCAUUAAUGCAAUGAAAGCAAAAAUGGUUUUUUUUAUAUAUAUACUUUAUACAGAUAAAAGUCCAAAUGUUUUUUUUUCAAACUUAAAAAUCAGCUAACAAAAGAAUUUUAUUUCUGACUGAUGACAGUAAAGCUAGAAAAUUGGUUUCAGUGGGUUUUUGAGACUUUUGAUAAUUACUAGUUGGAAACCCCAAUAAUUAUUCACUGAUAUGGAGCAGUGCCUCUGUUUGGAGAGCAGCAAUACCAUUAAUUGUUUUUCUUUUAUGGUAAGGAAAGUGUUUGAUGGUACUAACAGCAAAGUGGUUGCAGGAGGUUUUGGAAUGUCUAGUUCAAAAGACUUUAGGAAGGCUUCAGGUUUGUUUGUUUUUUGGGUUACAUGAUUGAAUGCAGAAAUGCUUUGUGCUUUUGACUAUCACUGCCUAAUGAUAUGUAUCUAUGAGGGAUACAGCCCCUGUGGACUUUAAGGUGACUAGCAAAAUGACACACUUCAGCUUGUUUUAUAGGCUUUGUUGUCACCACAUUCAGACCAGCUGGUCUAUGCUUUGAGCAGACCCCAAAAUAGCUGCUAUCUGAAGACCAAUGGGGCAGUCAGAUGGUGGUGUGAGCAUUUGAAGGCAACCUUUCAGUGUGCCACACACUGUCAUGAGCCUCACACUAAGCUGUUUUGAAGACUUUUUUUUUUUUUUUUAUUGAGGAUAAAGAAAGAAAAGUGAAAGACCACUUUACAUAAAAUAGAACAGUAUUUUUUGUGUUCUCUGUGACUAGUUAUUGGAAGACAAGUCAAAAGGUACAGAACACAAGGAAACAAAUUUUUGGAAUAUAAUUUGAAUGACGGUGAUAAAACAUUUAACCUUUGAUGAAUUCAUUGGCCCAUUCCUUAACUUGAUGGGAAAGCCUGGGUAUGUACAAUUAUGUGGGUGUGGCUGGUCUCUAAAGACACACUCUUCUCUGAAUUGUUUCUGUGUUGCUUUUGUUUGUAAAAUGAUCAUGGUCAUCAUUGCAAUGAUCUGAAGGGCAUCUAUGUAAUAACCCUUAUAUAGUCAUUUUGCCUCAUUUGUAUUUCAAGAUGAAUUUCUAUACAGUCUAGGUAAGUUUUUUCUGAAGAUCAGCAUGUCAGUUAGACAUUUUGAAAAUGAUUUGAAGUGUUUUCCUAAAUAUUUUCAAAAAAAAAAAAAGUUUAUCUUGCAAUUUUAGCCGGAAGUGCCCUUUUGCCACUUUUCAUGUCCCAUAACUUUUUCAUACAAUUAAUUGCUGGGGGAAAAAAAUCAUGGACUGGCUUUCUUGUUGGAUUUCAGGUUAGGUGUGCUUAAGGCCAGGGCUUUUCAUCAAUAUUUGAUUUUUUUGUUUGUUUUUUCAACACAUUAUACAGACAGGUGCUGCAUUUAUAUCUGCUGGUUUAAAUUCUGUCAUGUUUCACUUGUAGCCUUUUAGUGUGGCAAAUCAUGUUUUACUUUAAGUAUUGGUAAUUUGGGGUAUCUGGUAAUAGCUAAGAAGUAAUUCUGUAACUGAGUUUUGUACUCACCAUAUAUGGAUCAUUCCUCAUCUGUAAUGUGCCCCAAAUGUAGCUUCAUUUCCAGAUACCUUGGUGCAGAUUAAAGUUUUUCAUCAUUAGGUGCAGAUUGGUGUGUAAUAGGUUUUAUUUUUUGUUUUUCAAAUAAUGAAUAUUCUAAAAGUUUGGUUAAACUGUCGGUUUCAAGUUAAUUGCACUAAUAAUGUUUUCCAUUCCAUGGUAUUUAAUGUGAACCUUGAUAGUACUGUUAUAUGUGAAUUAGAACUAAUCAAAUUUUUCCUUAGAAAAAGAUUUUCAAUACUACAUUAACACCACUUCAUGUUCUGCAGUGGCAUGGCAGUUAUGUCUGACCUACUGGGUACAUAAUAGCUUGUAUUUCUCUUCAUGUUUGUUUCCAUAGAAGUCUGGAUGGUCCUAGAAUAUCCUAACAUUUAUUACUACCAUCUCGGUAUGACCA